AUGGGGCCGCUCCUGCCGCUGCCUCUACUCCUGCUGCUGGUGCAGCCACAGACCCUGCAGGCCACGAAGCAGGAAAACCUCCGGGUCUUCAUUGUGCCCCAUAGCCACAUGGAUGUGGGUUGGAAGCACACAGUGCAGGAGAACAUGCAUGCAUACGUGGCCAAUGUCUACACAUCUGUGGUGGAGGCACUCAUGAGAUCAACCAAGCGCAGGUUCAUGGCUGUGGAGCAGGAGUAUUUUCGGCUGUGGUGGAAUGGAGUUGCCUCUGGGAAGCAAAAACAGCAGGUGCACCAGCUCGUGGCUGAAGGACGCCUGGAGUUUGUAGGUGGAGGCCAGGUCAUGCAUGAUGAAGCGGUUACCCAUAUGGAUGACCAGAUCCUGCAGCUCACAGAAGGACAUGGGUUUCUCUAUGAGACAUUUGGCAUCCGGCCCCAGUUCUCCUGGCAGGUUGACUCCUUUGGUGCUUCUGCCACGACCCCCACGCUGUUGGCACUGGCAGGCUUCCAUGCCCACGUCAUCUCCCGGAUUGCCUAUGACCUGAAGGAGAACAUGCAGAAUACCAGGAGACUGCAGUUCGUGUGGCGAGGGGCCCGGUCUCUGUCCAAGGAGCAGCAGGAAAUCUUCACGCAUGUCCUGGACCAGUUUGGCUACUGCUCGUUCUUACUUCAAUGGGAAGGAAUUGCCACAUUCCCAGACCCACCGGUUGAUGGGAGAUACCCAGAAAGAGAUCCACCCGUCACUCCACACAACAUUGUUGCCUACGUCAAGGAACUGGUAAAGGACAUGAAGCGUCGGGCUCGUUGGUUCAAAACACGAAACUUGCUUUGGCCCUGGGGAUGUGACAAACAAUUCUUCAAUGCAUCAUUGCAAUUUGACAAUAUGGACCUUCUGGUAAACUACAUCCAGAGAAAUGCAUCACAGCUAAAGAUCUCAGUGGAAUAUGCCACGCUGGAAGAGUACUUCCGUGCCCUCCAUACUCUCAACAUCACCUGGAAAACGCGUGGGCACCAAGACUUCCUCCCCUAUUCCUCAGGACAAUUUCAGGCUUGGACGGGCUUCUACACAUCCCGCAAUGGGCUCAAGGCUCUGACGAGGAAAGCCAGCGCCCUGCUGCACGCCGCCGAAUCCAUGUUCACGUGCCACCUGUGGUCGAAUCACAGUUCAGCCCUGAAUGCAUCCUGGGCACUGCAGCAGUUGCAGCAGCUCCGCUGGGCUGUCUCUGAGGUCCAACACCACCAUGGAAUCACAGGGACGGAGAAUGACCGGGUGAGGGACAUGUAUGAGGAGCACCUGACUGAAGGCAUGGCGGGUGUACACACACUCAUGGCCUCCCUUGCUGGCCUUAUGGGAGGAGCCAAUACAGGUGCAGGUCCUGCUGGGCUCAUCGCAGUGAUCUACAACCCCUUGGCCUGGAACAUCACCACUAUCAUCACCCUCACUGUGGACUUUUCUGAGCUCAGAGUCACCGAUGACUUGGGGAAUUCUGUGCCCUCACAGGUGCAAAAAUCUAAGAAGAUCCCAGACAAAUAUGAAUUGUAUGUAAUGAUCACAAUCCCAGGACUAAGUUACCAGAAAUACAUCGUGUGGCAGAGCCAGGGCACUCAGAGCAUCAACAUCUCUGUUCCAAGAUAUUUUGACCGCAAAAGAAGGACAUUCAUGAGGACAGGUGAAAAGCACCUAAUGUCUGUGCAGAAUGACUGCUACACUGUGUUUCUGGAUCAGGGCACCAACUUGCUGCACAGCAUCUGGGAGAGAAAGAGUAACAGAACCAUUCCCAUGACGCAAGAGUUCCUGGAGUACCACACCAACAAAAAUGUGUUUGAAGGUCCCAUUUCUGAUAACUGCGUGUUCGCGCCCAAAGCAGCUGCCGUUCCAGCCUGGGAAGAGGUGGACAUGGAGAUUGUGUCCGGGAAGCUCAUGACAGAGAUCCGGCAGUAUUUCUAUAGAGACAAGACUGAUGUGUCCUACACCUAUGCCAUCUUUUCCCGGCUGGCGCAUGGGCCUGAGGAACACAACAGGGAACUGCUGUGCCAUCGGAUCGAGCAGGAGUUCCAAGUUGGCCCCUUGCAGAACAACCGCGAAGCAAUCCUGAGAUUUCGCACCAACCUUAAUACCCACACCCGACUCUCUUCAGACAGUAAUGGCUAUCAGAUGCAGUGGCGUCCCUACCGUGACCAUGCCAACAACAGCAUUGCUCGGAAUUACUACCCCAUGGUGCAAGCAGCCUUUAUCCAAGAUGACCAAAGCCGGCUGGUGGUGCUGUCUGAUCAGGCCCACGGCGUAUCCAGCCAGAACAAUGGGCAGAUGGAGGUCAUGCUGCACCGCCGCCUCGCAGUCAAAAGGGAUCAGAUGAGAGAGUUCAACCCGAUGUUGGACGACUCCUCCAUAGUCAACCCCGUGUUCUGGCUUCUGUUGGGUCCCCUUCGGCUCACCACUGCCCUGCGCCCCAGGAGCGAACUGGCUCUGCAGCACAGGCCUGUGGUGUUGCUGAGGGACCUGCGGGGGUUUGCCCACAGUGUCAAAGGCCACAGGCACCAACAAGCUGUGAUGCUCCCCCCGAACCUCCACCUGCAGACUCUGAGCAUCCCUGGCUGGCGGUACAGCAGUAACCACACGGACCACCUGUGGAGGCUGAGGGAAGAUUCCCAGAAAGAGGCCAGCCCCAACCUGCAGCGGGUCCUGCUACGUCUCUAUCACCUAUUCGAGGAAGGGGAGAACCCAGUCUUGUCUCAGCCAGUGUCUCUGGAUCUGAAGUGGGUGUUUCGAGGGCUGGGCUCUGUGGAGAAGGUGGAGGAGCGCUCCCUCACAGGCACCUGGGAUGUGAACAGCAUGCAGCGCUGGAGCUGGCGGACGCAAAGUCUACAACAUAAAAGAGCCAAGACCAGCUAUUCCUUGAGGCAAGGCUGCCACCCUGUCAUCACCAUCCACCCAAAGGAAAUCCGAACCUUCUUCAUUUACUUUGGAAAGUGA